GACUCGACUGUCAACUCUAGGUGCUCAGCUCGCGCGCGGCAGUAGGCAGCGGCGCAGCGCUCCCCAUGCAAGCCAAGAAUGUGAGACCGAGUGCAUGUCCACCGCGCCCAUUUCAGCCUUUCACCCGCGCCAGCACGCGGACGCUGCCCCCGCCUAUAUAUAUAGGCGCGGUGGGCGCCCGUUUCUCUAUGAGCCAGUCCACGCAGCAGCAGCAGCAAAGCUAGUAGAGUGAACGCGCACGACGUGUGCGAACAGCGUACGUGACACGACUUGAGAGAGAGAGAGAGCGAGCGAGUCUGUCUUCGCACACACGAACGACGUAGCGGCCUCUCGGACCGAUCGACAACCAUCGCCAUGCCGGCCUUCGCGGAGAGCGGCGGCGGCGGAGGCGCCGAGCCGCCCCUGGCCGAGAGCUACCUCGACCUGCUCCGCCGCGGCGGCGGCAUUGCGGCGGGCGAGGGCCGCGCGGCGGCCGCCGUGCAGGAGCGCGAGCUGCCCCUGAUCGACAUCGGGUGCCUGCUGGCGGGCGGCGGCGGCGACGAGGCGAGGAGGGCGGCGUGCGCGGACGCCAUGGCGCGGGCGGCCUCCGAGUGGGGCUUCUUCCAGGUGACCAACCACGGCGUGGGCGGCGCGCUCCUGGAGCGGCUGCGGGCGGAGCAGGCGCGGCUGUUCCGGCUGCCGUUCGAGACCAAGGCCCGGGCCGGCCUCCUCAACGGCUCCUACCGGUGGGGCGCCCCCACGGCCACGUCGCUCCGCCACCUCUCGUGGUCGGAGGCCUUCCACGUCCCGCUCGCCAGCAUCUCCGGGAGCGCCUGCGACUUCGGCGAGCUCGGCUCCCUGAGCGAUCGUGCGUGCAGGGGCGUGAAUCGCGUGAUGCAGGAGGUGGCGGACGCGAUGUCGCGGGUGGCCAAGGCCGUGGCGGUGGCGCUGGCGGGGAGCCUACUGAUGCAGGGCGGUCCUCACCACGCAGCGGCAGCGGCGGCGGCGGCGGCGGCGGCGUUCCCGGCGGGGUGCGACGAGACGACGUGCUUCCUGCGGCUGAACCGGUACCCGGCGUGCCCCUUCGCGGCGGACACCUUCGGGCUGGUGCCCCACACGGACAGCGACUUCCUCACCGUGCUGUGGCAGGACCAGGUCGGGGGCCUGCAGCUCAUGAAGGACGCCCGCUGGGUGGCCGUCAAGCCCCACCCGGACGCGCUCAUCGUCAACAUCGGCGAUCUGUUUCAGGCGUGGAGCAACAACCGGUACAAGAGCGUGGAGCACAAGGUGGUGGCCAACGCCAAGGCGGAGCGCUUCUCCGCCGCCUACUUCCUCUGCCCGUCCUACGACGCGCCCGUCGGCACGUGCGGCGAGCCGUCGCCCUACAGGACCUUCACCUUCGGGGAGUACAGGAGGAAGGUGCAGGAGGACGUCAAGAGGACCGGCAGAAAGAUUGGGCUCCCAAACUUCCUCAAGCAGCAGCCGCAGUGAUGGCCCGGAACCAGAUCGAGAGCGAGCGCAUCAUUCUGUUACUUGGGCUCACCGUACAAGAAUAUGUGGCCUCGGAAGCCUUUGCUGCUGCUGCUGUUGCUUCUUCUUCUUCAUUUUCCGCCCACCUUUAUUCGCUUAGGUGAUAUAGAUCACUAUAACGACGACGACGACAUGUGCGCUUAUCAAACAUACACAUCGAUUAACUAGUGCUUCGUGGCGCAUUUCUUGCCUUGCUUUA